AUGGAAAGUGGGUUUUAUUCAGAUUGGAAAGAUACUUCUUCUUCUUCCUUCUUCGGAUCAGAGAACAUGGAGGAAGAGUUCUCUGAGGGAGUUCUCAGAGCUCAAGAGCUUUUCUCAUCGAUCCCUCAGCCUCAGACACCAAAAGAGCCAAUGGAGUUCCUUUCUAGAUCCUGGAGUCUCUCUACUUCUGAAAUCUCCAAAGCACUUGCACUCAAACAUAGACAACAACAAGAUCAGUUUUGUGCUCCCCAAAACACUCCUCCUCUCUGUUUCCCUGAUGCUGCCGCAGAUCCACUCGUGGCUGGUAAGAUCAUGAACUCGGUCGGAACACGGAGAUCAGGACCCUUAUCUAAAUGGUUUCACCACCACAAGGAUCAUCACAGCAGCAGCAGCAACACCACAACAUAUCUCAAGAAGAAAGACAAGGCUCGUGUGGAGAACGCUCACGUGCAUUCUGCAGUCUCUAUAGCUGCUCUCGCUGCAGGUUUAGCCUCUGUGACCUCUGUAAGCAACUGCAAAGGCUCAAACUCCAAGAUGGCACUGGCUUUAGCCUCAGCCACCGAGUUGUUGGCCUCACACUGUGUUGAGAUGGCUGAGCGAGCCGGUGCUGACCGUGCACGUGUUGCUUCCACGGUUAGAUCUUCUGUGGAUAUCCACACUCCCGGUGAUCUCAUGACUCUAACAGCUGCUGCGGCAACUGCUUUGAGAGGAGAAGCGGCUCUGAAGGCGAGGCAGCCAAAGGAAGCAAGGAAAAACGCAACUAUUACACCUUUUGAGAGAAGCUUCUCUGACUCUCAUUGGCCUGCAAAUGCUCAGUUUAGACUGGAAGAACCAAAUCUUCCACUUGAAGGCGAACUUAUGCAAUGCUCUCGAAAUGGAGCGCAGCGAACUAAGCGUGUCUGUGUCUACAUCAACAAGAAAUCUCAGGUAAUUAUCAAACUCAAGAGCAAACAUGUUGGAGGUGCAUUCUCCAAAAAGAUCAAAUGCGUCGUCUAUGGAGUCUGCGAUGAGAAAUCAGCCUGGCCUUACAGGAAAGAGAGGGAAAACUCAGAAGAAGUCUACUUUGGUCUGAAAACCGGACAAGGUCUGUUGGAGUUCAAGUGCAAGAGCAAGGUUCACAAGCAGAGAUGGGCUGAUGGGGUUCAGUGUCUUCUCCGGCAAGUAAAUUGCUUCGAGGCUGCCAAAUGCUCGCUGGGAUCUUUGAGUCUCACUGGUCACACGUGA